AUCGAAACAACCCAUUCAAUCAGCUCUAUACACUCUUCUGCUAUUGUAUCAUCACCGACCGACUCUUCUACUUUGCACCAUUUAACAAAUAGCUUUUCCAGUUCAACCCAGCUGAUUAAACAACAUUCCAUUCCUUGGCAUGCACUAAUGCAAACACACCAUGAAUUAGAGCCAGUCCAGUCCUUGUCGACUAAUACCAUAUCGUCUUCACUGCAACAACCCUCUCCAUCCUUGUCUAUACAAGCCGCAAUACAAUCAAAAGUAUACCUUGAUUCAUUUCCACAACCAUCCAGCAUUCAUGUAGAACCAGCCACAGACACAGACAUGGCUGGACUUGGUUUAUUUUCUAGCUACCAGUUUCUUUUAGAUACCAACAUCUCGCCAUCAAAUGUAGUUUUAUGUCCCAACAAUUGUUCUAGAAUAGGCACAUGCAACUCUGAUGGUCAGUGUGAUUGUCCAAAAGUAAUCUACAGCUGGUGGCGAGUUCAGGCUAGUAACUGUAAAUCGGAGCGAGAAGAGUUUGGUUAUGCCUGGCCGUAUUUUAUAUACUCGUGGUUGUUGGUCUACACGCUCGUAUUUGUGCUGUUGACAUAUUUCAACUACCUGACAUUCAAGGCAAAUGACUGGCAAUUGGGUGGUGUCCGACAUGUUUGCUUGUGUUUGAUCCAUGCUUCUGGACUGUUUCGGUUUAUAUUCUUUUCAAUUGAUCCAUACUCUGUAAGCAGUAUUGCUAGCCCAAUUAUCAUGCGCAUGAUCCUCUCCUUGUUUUAUUUGUUUUCGAUUCUAGCCUAUGUGCUGAUGGCAUUGCAUUGGAUCGAGAUAUGCCGUACUGGAUUGGCACUAUCACCUUCAAAAACCCUUGGAUAUUCUCAAAUUGCAUCAGGGUUUAUAGUUUCCAUCUAUUUUGCACUAGAAGUUGCAAUCUGUGUGGUGCAGGCACAAAAAAAGCAAAACAAGAUUCUGUUUCUGAGCGACACCAUAUAUAUGGGCACGAUUAUGGUGCUGAUCUCACCACUUUACAUGUAUUGUGGACAUUUGUUUCUUGCUCGACUAGGAUUGAUUAGACAAGACAAGCGAGGAAAGCGAGAUCAAAUGAUUAGCAAGGUUCGAGUCAUGGCAUUUGGACCACCAAUAGCAGGAUUAGCAUCAGUUGUAAUAUUCAUUGUCAAGUUCACCAAGUGUCGAAACAAUCCGUUUCUGUUUAUUAUCGGCGAGUCAGCAAGUCAUUUUGCCGAAGUGAUUACCAUUGCGUUGUUUCUGUAUGGUAUUCUGCUAGACCCGCAGCCUACUAGAGGGAGUGAUGGAUCAACUCGCAAGGGGACUGCUGGACGAUCAUCAAAGUAUAUAAGAACAAAGCAUCAGGGACAUUGAUUGUAUUCCAACUCUGGCUGUUGGAUGAAAUAAACAUUGUAUAUUUUCAUGUGUUGAAGGAUUC